UUUAGUUUUAAAAACAACAACAACAACAACAAGCAGCUGCUGUUCGGUUCCUUUAAUUCACCCGGUUUCCUCGAUCACUUCGAUCUCAUUCCGACCGAAGAAGAAUCCGAACUAACAGCUGACUGACGACACGUUGCGCAACCGAGACAACAAUAACACAACGAGACAAAGACGUCACGCCCGGACUCCACAGCUCCCAGUAUCACCGCCGCGGGUCCCAGUCCGACCUCCACCUCGUGUCUGCAACAACUUCUGGUCCACGGAAAGCAGUCGGAUCUCCUCCACGCCAGCUGCACUGGGUUCCUACCCGGUCUACUGGUUCCUACCCGGUCUACUGGUUCCCCGUUGACCCGCAGUCCGAACCGGACCGGUUCUGAAGAUGAGCGCGGGCACGACGGCGGCGGCCCGCUCCCAGCUGCGCCUGAAGAGGCUACUGGACGAGCCCCGGGACAUCGUGAAAUGUAAAGUAGCCCGUCUGGAUCCGCGCCUUCCUCCCACCGGCCUAUCGGACUGCCUGAGGCCCAGGAGCCCCGCCCCCAAAUCCAGCCCGAGCCAAUCUCCAUCCAGGGUCGGAUCGUACGUCCUGUUUGAGCGCUGCGAGGGGGAGAAGAGUUACAGGGCCGAGCACGCGCAGACAAAGCAGCAGUACACCUGCCAGGUGCUUCCUCUACGCGGUUACCAAGAGCGCUUGGCCGCCUACGCCCGCAUCGGUCACCAUGACAACGUCUGCGGCCUGCUGGACGUGGUGAUCGGCCAGGACAGCGUGUACGUCUUCCUGCCCGGUCACUACGGCGACAUGCACGCCUACGUCCGAAGCAGGAAGCGCCUCGGCGAGGAGGAGGCGGGGCUUCUGUUCGCUCAGAUGCUGGACGCGGUCAUGCACUGCCAUCGCCACGGCGUCGUCCUCAGAGACCUGAAGCUCCGCAGGUUCGUCUUCACCGACGAAUACAGGACUGAGGUCACUGCUGACGCUUUGUGGUCCCUCCCUCCCUCCUGCAGGACGCGCCUCGCUCUGCUCGGCCUCGACGACUGCGUUGUCCUGCGCGGCGACCAUGGCGACGACUCGCUGACGGACAGACACGGCUGCCCCGCCUACGUCAGCCCGGAGCUGCUGACCAACGGGAGCGGGCCCUACUCGGGCCGCGCCGCCGACGUCUGGAGCCUGGGCGUGUCCCUGUACACCAUGCUGAUCGGACGGUACCCGUUCCAGGACACGCAGCCCGCCGCGCUGUUCGCCAAGAUCCGCCGCGGCGCCUUCGGCGUGCCCGAGUGGCUGUCGCCCCGGGCCAAGUGCCUGAUCGGCUGCAUGCUCAGGAAGUCGCCCGCCGAGAGGCUGGCGGCGUCGGAGCUGCUGAUGCACCCGUGGCUGAGCGGCCGCCCCCGCACGCCGCACCACGCCGCGAGGAGGACGCACCCCAGCGCGCAAAAAACGCCGCAGCGCAGAACGGAGGACGGCGACCAGGUGGUGCCCACGUGGACCGAAAAACACUAACGCGCACAGCGUUGUGUCUCUAUGCUUGCGAGGACGCGGGUGGACGUUUUUCAUCCCUGUAGCCGCUCACUGAACUCGAUUCUAAAUUCAAGUUUGAGCCUGAAACGUGUCGCCAUGGUUACUAAAACAAUGACUAAUAACACUUGACAUUUACUCUCAUCACCGAGACCCUAAGUGACGAAAUGUCAACAUGCAAUAUUGUUGACUGGAAAAGACUUUCUAGUCUGAAGAAAUUAAAACCCAAAUCGCUUUAUUUUUGCUCACAAAAAUAAAAGUGUUUUAUACUAUUUUUUCAAAUCCAGUAAAGUUUAAGAAACCGGGCUUUGGAGAAAAAUAUUUUUGCUAGAGAUAUGUUGAGUAAAUUGACACAGGACUGACCAAAGAAAACAACUGACCGACAUUAAGACUCGUCCCCACAACCCGAGAAAAACCCGAAUGUCCUCGCAAAGAUAGACAUACAAGAUCACACACACACACACACACACACCAAAGUCUGAUCCUGGACUACUUGACCGGACCACCGGGUGCCUUCCUCUCAACCAACUGGUAAAGUGGAGACUUUCCCCAGUUCAACCACAGAAUACGAACACCAGAUCAUUUUGGAUUAAAGACUCAACACAGCGUCGUUACAAAGGAACACAGCGGCUUUAUUGCAGUGAUCACGCCUCCUGGAAUCAUAUUUAAAAUAAUACUUGCUGUUUGUUUUCUUGAGACAUGAAAUCCUAUUUUAACUGCAGAAUUAGUAUUAUUAUUAACUUUCAAUUUGUGAUCAGAAAAAUGAUGAAAUCUGUAUUUCAGGGCAACAUUGUAAUUAAAUCUAAUCUUAAAGGAACAAAACCCUGUUUUGAAUCAUGAUAAGAAAAGUUUUAACCUUGAGUGAACUAGACUUUAAUAAUUCCCAACACUUGUGUUUCUUUUGAGCCAAAACCACAGAACUGCAGACAGCCAAUAGGACGCCUCCGUAUGAACGCGCUCCUCAGACCUCAGUUACAGCUGGAGAAUAAAUAAAAGGUGUUUCACAAAA